AUGAAAGUGGAUAAUUCCACACAGAAAUCAGAGACACAUAUCAGUUACACCGAUUAUGACUCGAAUUCUGAAGCCCGACUUGCCAAGCGGGAAACGUUUCUAUGGGUGAACGCCCAAGAUGAAACUGACCCGAAUUAUACCACUGAAGGAGUCAAGCAGUCCUUUAUCAGAAAACGGAGCAAUCGGCUACGGAGAGAAAACCAACUCCAAACCUUAAAAGCAUCUGUGAAGCCAUUCCCGAAGGGCCGCCUGCUUCCCGGACCGAACAUGAGCUCCACUUUGGAUCGUGAGGAACAACAAGCGGAUAAGAAGGAUCGGAAGGCACUAGUCUGUCAUAAUAUGCAGGCAGUCUGGUUCUUUCAAGAGGCUCUGAAUCAACCAGCCCUCGUAGAGACGCUUCUCUUUUUGAGUGCGGCUAGCCACACUGCAACCUUGAAGAUGAUCGAUACCUCACCAUACUCAAUUCAGAGGUCAAUGCAGGAUACAUUACAGCUGCGUUCCCGGGCUUUGAAGUCUCUUCAAAGCAACUUGGUCAACCCAAUUAUGGCCUUUUCAGAGGCGACCAUUUUGGUCAUCACGCACCUUCUUUGUAUUGAGGUCAGAGAAGCGCAUUUUCAAGCUCCAGGGGCUUUGCUAAUUUUCUCUAAAAAGUGUGCCCAGGCCAACAUCGAAGCUGUUGAAGCCCAUAUGGCGGGAUUGCAGCAGAUUAUAAAUGCACUAGGUGGAUUAGAGAGAUUGGAUAUCCGAACCCUUUCAACAAUAUACUGGUAA